CCCAUCAGGCAGCGGGAGGAGGGUUGUCAAAGCUUAGGGAAGCGGCUCUGGGCUACCUGGGAUUUCCCAGAGUCUCCAGGUCCCCCUUUGAGAAUGGAGCUGUCGCGGGGAGCCAGCGCCCCGGACCCGGACGAUGUCCGGCCUCUCAAACCGUGUCUGCUACGCCGCAACCACAGCCGCGAUCAGCACGGCGUGGCAGCCUCCAGUCUCGAGGAGCUGAGGAGCAAAGCCUGUGAACUCCUGGCCAUUGAUAAGUCCCUGACGCCGAUCACCCUGGUCCUGGCUGAGGACGGGACCAUAGUGGAUGACGAUGACUACUUCCUCUGCCUCCCUUCCAAUACGAAGUUUGUGGCGUUGGCCUGCAAUGAGAAGUGGACUUAUAACGAUUCAGGUAAGAAAUGCUGGCUGCGUAGCCAAGAGCGUGCCAGCUCGCGGGCCUACGCAGGCCAGUGGCUGCUGUUUGUCUGGCCGUCUAAGCACUUACACAGCAAAGGUUACCUGAACAUCUCUGCGUGCCAGGUGCUCAUCGACAUCCCAUGUGCAGAGCUGGCUCAGGAACUCUGCCAAAGCUGUGCCACUGUCCAGGGGCUGCAGAGCACACUCCAGCAGGUGCUUGACCAGAGAGAGGAAGCCCGCCAGUCCAAGCAGCUUCUGGAACUUUACCUCCAGGCCUUGGAGAAAGAGGGCAACAUCUUGUCCAACCAGAAAGAGUCCAAAGCUGCCCUCAGUGAAGAGCUGGAUGCAGUUGACACAGGCGUCGGCAGAGAGAUGGCUUCGGAAGUGCUGCUCAGAAGCCAGAUCCUUACCACACUGAAGGAGAAGCCUGUCCCAGAGCUGAGUUUAUCUAGUCAGGAUUUGGAGUCUGUCUCCAAGGAGGAUCCCAAAGCCCUGGCUGUCGCCCUGAGCUGGGACAUAAGGAAGGCAGAGACAGUCCAGCAGGCCUGCACCACGGAGCUCGCCCUGCGGCUGCAGCAAGUGCAGAGCUUGCAUUCACUCAGGAAUCUAUCAGCAAGGAGAAGCCCACUGCCUGGGGAACCGCAGCGCCCCAAACGAGCCAAACGAGACUCCUCGUAGCCAAACCGGAGAAGAUGGGCUUUGCUGUCAGUAACUUUCCGCAGUCUUGUUACCCCCCCCACACACACACACACACCCCACCUCCUGCCCCGAUGUGUGCUCUUCUAGCUCCAGGAAAGCGGUUCAGGGCUGUGCAUACGCCCCUCUACCUCCUUUACUGUACUGGGAUUUCCGUUUUGUUUUCUUAUCUGUGGGAGUGUUUUGUCUGCAUGUAUAUCUGUGUACCUCAUGUCCAUUAAGGCCAGA